GCCGGCCGGCCCAGCGCGCACGCACCCAGCGCCGCUCGCGGACUCCACCGACACACUAUCUACGACAUGUCAGCUCACAUCUUUCGAUGCAACAUGGAGAACUUUUACAAAUCACAUAUUUGGAUAGCGGCUGCAGCCCUGCUUGCUACCUGUGGAACUCUUGCUGGAGCCGGAGUCCGCAGACCUCCAGGCUCUACCGGCUCUAUUUUGGACAUCAUCGAUACUGAACGAGUGGAAAAAAUUCUUGCGGCGAGGAGGCAAGCCGAGCAAGCAAAGACAGCUUCGCCAUCCUAUUUGAAUCGAAAUGAUCUCGGAGACGGUAGUUCGGAAACUAUGAUUGUGUCAGUUCCAGACCAGGAGGAUAUUACUGAAAUUCCGCAGGGAGCAGAUUUUAGAAAAAUCUUGAAAUCCUCCAAAAAUGCGCUAGUAGUGACUAAAAAGGAAUACUUAAAAGAGGAUUGGUGCAAAACAGAGCCUUUGGUGCAAAAGAUACGGGAACCAGGAUGCUUGUCGACUACAGUGAUCAAUAAGUUUUGUUACGGGCAAUGCAACUCGUUCUACAUCCCGAAGGGCCCGCGGCGGCGCGACAACAACGACGGGAGGCCACCGCCCGCAUUCAAGUCUUGCUCGUUUUGUCGUCCUAAGAAAUUCACUUGGGUAGUAGUGACUCUACGCUGUCCGGGGCAGAGUCCUCCGUUCAAAUAUAAGCGGAUACAGAAGAUUAAACAGUGCAAGUGUUUACCGGUAGGAGUGAAUUGACGGUGAUUGGGCGAGGACCCUCCACUACAGAAGCGGUGUGACCGCCUGGUGCUUGCCGACCCUCUUGCGCACCGCGCUUGGAUAUCGUCAGAGUUCGUAGAGCGGAUGAAAGGGAGAGUUUAAGAGAAAACGAAGGAUUCAACACGCUCUGAAAUGAAACGAAUUUGAACGAAUUGUUACCGUUUUGUCUUGAAAUAUUAGAUAUAGUCGAGUCAGCUCGGAGUAAAGUACUAAGUAGAUCGCACGCUCUCAUACGUCAAUAGGAUGACGUCAUGUGAUGCAAAUAUUAGAUGCUUAUUGUAGAUUACUUUUUAAUGGAACGACUUGUAUAGUGAGCCGCCGCCCGAGAGCUUUAAUUAAUUUGACCGUAGGAAAAACAUUUUGUCAACAGUGCGGUAGAAAAGUGAAGACCUUGCAUUAAUUUGAUAAACGUGGGAUCAUGAGGAAAUACGUGAGAUCAAUUGUUUGUUCUUGUAAAGUAGAACGACGCGUUUUGGUUUCGCUUAGUAAAUAAGGCAGUGUGAUACUAGGAGUAGAUUUAAAACUAAUUUGGUUAGAAAUCUAAGUGAAAUGUUAGUUUAACGAGUCACGUGUGGUUGUGAAUCCACACAUGUAGAUAUACAUAUAAUGCUUUCUUAUUUAUUGUUCAGUACGUAAUAGUGUAUUUUUAAUAUCGCUAAAAACAAAUACGCUUAUGGUAAUUAAGUAUAUAUAGGGACAAACUUUUUAAAAUAGUGAAUAUGUAAAAGUGGUGUCUGGAUUGUAUAAUAAUAUUCAUAUAACAUACACAUUGAAGUACAUGUUACACAAAUAUAAGCUGAUCUCUGUAUGCUCGCAAGACGUGUAGGCAUUUGUUUAUUUGGAUAGGUAAUUGUAAAUUGUUUUUAUGGUUCGUAAGAUAUGUUUGGUUAAGACAAUAUAGCAUUUACCAUUGUGCCAGUUCAUGUGUUUUCUAUGACGUCCUUAAAAAUGUUAAAAUAGAAAUUACUUUACAUUUAAAACUUUAUUAUGUGAACUGGAAUUGUUACUGAAAAUUUCGUGUAGUUUAACAGUGUUAAAAAUACUUCAAGAAAAUCUUUCAAGAAUUGGAAAUACAUCACUGUGUUAAUAGAACUGAUUGACUUUAUAUAACAUUUCUAUGGGUAUCUGUCUUGCCAGAGGGCUGCGCUGGCGUCGGCCAGCCUUUGUGAUUAAAGUAUAAAGUUGAAUAGUCAAGUGUAUAAAGCAAAUAAGCAAAGAAAGGCAUCCCAUAACUACUGAAAAUUAAGUUUCAAUAAUAUUAGACAGUUUGGCGUAGUCUAAUGUUUCACGACAAUAAUUUCCAUGUCAUUUUUCAAUUUGCGAUUUUAAUAUUCACAAAAUAAUGUUAGAAAUUGAAAUAUUUCUUAUAAAAAUCGUACGGUGGCGUGGGCCACACCCAAAGUUAUACAAUCUGUAAAAAACUUUGUUGUCAAUAAUAUCUUACGUCAUGUACAUGGCGUUCCAAUUUGCAGCUUAAAAAAAGUGACAGUUUCUAUCUUAACUUGUGUUUCAUUCCUUAGAGGAUGGAAAAAAUAAAGGAACUAAGGUUUCAUUCAUAAAUUUAUUUAUGACGUGACAUUCAUAGUUGCACAUUUUAUUUAUGAAUAGAAAAUAUUCAAAACAGUAGAAAAUAGAUUUGUGUUGUAGAUUGUUUCCAAAAGAGAAGACUAUGUAUA